AUGAACAGCACUGAGUUUAAAGCUCCAUACCCGAGCACAGGAGCUGCGGCACCCCGAAAGAGUGUAGUGAAUCGUUUCAGCACAUUGUCUUGCACAUGUACUGCUGGGGAGGUGAAGAUUCGAUUUCCUGCCUGCAACUCGGUCUUUAGAAUAUCCAAGCGAUUGCCUAUACAUAUUCCUAAAGCACCGGAGCCAUACGAGGCCCAGAAGUCAGCGGACAUCUCUGAUAUAGCAAGCACGGCGUUAAAGAUCGAUAGCAACAAAGAGAAUCUACCACCAAACGCACGAUCUGGUCGAUUGACCGCUAGCUCAGUAACAGCUCUAGACCGAUUGAGCAAGCCGUUCAAAUGCCCAGGUUCACAGAACGCCCGCAAGUCAAAUGGCGAGCCAGCGAGGAAGAGAAGAAAGGUCAACUAUUCCGAGGAUGCUGUGGCUGGCGAUGACAAGGAUACUGGCUACACAGAAGGAGGCGUUGUGCUUGUCAAGAAGUUCCCGGUUUUCCAGGUGAAAGAUCGAGACACAAUCUUCCGAGCACGAUUCGCUGUACCAUUGAUCAACAAGAAUGAAGGCGGUUGGGACGCCUCACGGCCUGCUCCUAGCUUGGGCAUGCGCCGUGGCAAUGGCUUUGUCAACAAACCUCUUCACGACCCAAGUGGUGAGUUCGCCAUUGUCCUCUACGACCCUACCAUCGAUGAAAGGCCCGAUCCUACGAAGGAGGAAGGAAAACUGAAAGAGCAAGAAAAGCCAAAGUUGGACGUUCCUAUAAUGCACAAGAGUCUGGCGGAGAUCCUGGGUAUCAAGAAACAAGUCGAAGGAGAGCAACCGAAAGUACCAGUAGUGAUUGAUCCUCGUCUGGCCAAAGUCCUAAGACCACAUCAAGUUGAAGGCGUUAAGUUUUUGUACCGCUGUACGACUGGAAUGAUCGACGAGAAUGCUAAGGGUUGCAUUAUGGCAGAUGAGAUGGGUCUCGGCAAGACGUUACAGUGCAUUGCUCUGAUGUGGACUCUACUCAAGCAGUCUUCACAGGCUGGCAAGUCCACAAUUCAGAAAUGUGUCAUUGCUUGUCCAGCUAGUUUGGUCAAGAAUUGGGCGAACGAGCUUACCAAGUGGCUCGGAGCAGGAGCACCAACACCAUUUGCUAUUGACGGCAAAGCGUCCAAGGAAGAGCUUACAGCUCAACUACGCCAGUGGGCAAUGGCGUCUGGUAGGCAGGUAACUCGGCCUGUACUCAUCGUGUCGUAUGAGUCACUGCGACUCAAUAUCGAAGAGCUCAAAGACGUACAGAUUGGUCUAAUGCUCUGUGACGAAGGUCACCGACUUAAGAAUGCAGACAGCAACACAUAUAUGGCUCUGACAGGCCUCAAGGUCGAUCGAAGAGUCAUCUUGUCCGGAACACCUAUUCAGAACGACUUGACAGAAUACUACUCAUUGUUGGAUUUUGCAAACCCUGGCUAUCUAGGGACCAAAGCCGAUUUCAGAAAGAAAUUCGAAAUACCAAUUCUCCGAGGUCGAGAUGCGGCCGGCUCGGAUACCGACAAACAAAAGGGACAAGCAGCAAAUGCAGAACUCAGCAGUUUGGUUAAAAAGUUCAUCAUUCGCCGGACAAACGACAUUCUGUCAAAGUACUUGCCUGUAAAAUACGAGCAUGUCGUCUUCUGCGAGCUAGCUCCAUUCCAAAUGGCUCUGUACAAUCACUUCAUCCAAAGCCCCGAUAUCAAGAGUCUUCUACGUGGUAAAGGCAGUCAACCUCUGAAAGCCAUCGGCAUUCUGAAGAAAUUGUGCAAUCAUCCAGAUCUGCUUGAUCUGGCGACAGAUCUACCAGGCAGCGAACAUUGCUGGCCUGAUGAUUACGUUCCCAAAGAGUCUCGUGGGCGUGAUCGAGAUGUGAACCCUUGGUAUUCGGGCAAGUUCAUGGUCCUCGAACGGAUGCUGGCACGGAUCCGACAGGAUACCAACGACAAAAUUGUGCUCAUCAGUAACUACACUCAAACUCUUGAUGUCUUCGAAAAGAUGUGUCGAGCUCGAAGCUACGGCUGCCUACGUCUGGAUGGUACCAUGAAUGUGAACAAGCGGCAGAAACUCGUUGACAGGUUCAAUGAUCCCAAUGGCGACGAAUUCAUCUUCUUGCUCAGCAGUAAAGCUGGUGGUUGUGGUAUCAACCUUAUAGGUGCUAACAGACUGAUUCUGUUCGAUCCUGAUUGGAAUCCAGCUGCUGAUCAGCAAGCUCUGGCCCGAGUCUGGCGUGACGGACAGAAGAAGGACUGUUUCGUAUACCGGUUCAUGGGCACUGGCACCAUCGAGGAGAAGAUAUUUCAGCGACAAUCACACAAGCAGGCUUUGUCUUCAACAGUUGUGGACUCGGCAGAAGACGUUGAGCGGCAUUUCACUCUCGAGUCGUUACGUGAGCUCUUCCAGUUCAAGCCGACCACAAAGAGUGAUACUCAUGACACCUUCAAGUGCAAGCGUUGCAAUUCGGACGGUACACAGACCACCAAGGCACCAGCAAUGCUUUAUGGUGAUACCAGUAGCUGGAACCAUUUUGUGAAUAGUGGGGAUGCAGGGCCACUUGGUAAGAUCCAGGACUUGUUAUUGCGGCAAGAGGCAUCGGAGAACGCUGUUACUGCUGUAUUCCAGUAUAUCAGCCACUGA